UAAAUAAUUAAUGUUACUUUGAAACAACAAAAAUAUGCCUUUUUUACUGUUAUACAAUAUGAAGUCUGGCAGGCACUAUCGAUUACGUUCGCUGUGACGUACGUACGUUGUUUGACGAAGUCGGAAAUGAAUUGAAGCUUAGUGUUGGACAUCAAAAUAGUGAAAUGCUUUAGUUUUCAAAUCGUACCAUUCAGUAACCUAUAGCAGAUAUUCAGCUACACAGACUACCGAUUCCGUUAACGAUUGGCUAGUUACAUUGCUUCGAUCAGGAUGGAGCAGGACACUGUCCCGGAGUCUGUGGCCUCACCACCUCCAGGUGCAGCAAAAUCAAAGUUGGACACGUUGUCCAAGGAUGACCUCAUCAAGUUUGCCAAGAAGCAGAUGGCUGCCAUCCAGAAGAUGAAGUCCAAAUGUGCAGAUUUGGAGAAGGAAGUUGACACCCUCAAGUCUCAGCCAACAGGCAAUUCAGACGACUCCAUAAUACAGGAGCUGACUGAGAGGAUGAGUGCCUUGCUGCUGGAGAAGGCUGAGACCCAGCAGAGUGCAGUGUUGCUGCGGAAGGAGAAUGAGAAGGUCAAGCAGUGGGAACAGGAUGCAGUAAGAAAACUGGCCACCCUGCAGGGAGAGUUGAACCAGGCCAAGGAAGACCACCAGGAAAAGAUGGCCACUUUUGAGAAGACCAUGCACGUAUCCCAGGCCAAACAUAAAGAAGAAGUCGAAUUCUUUCAGAGGCUUCUGAGAGAGAAAGACGAGAGUGACAGAGAGAAAGAGAGCGAAAGAGAGAAAGAAAAGCAUAGGGAAAGAGAAAAGGAAGAUACAAACGACAGUGUAGAAGCUGUUAGUCACAGCCUGGAGUCGCAGAUCUUGAGUCUGCAGAUGGAGCUAGCUGCAGCGGUGGAGCGAAGUGCCCAGGAGGCUGCAGUGCUGCAGGAGGACCACCAGAGGGCGCAGACAGAGGCCCAGCAAGAAGUAGAGAACCUACGAGAAGAGUUGGCCCAGCAUAGCAUGCAACAUGAAGAGGAGCUGAGAGCUCUGGAGGAGGACUUUGAGAUGGAGAGAGAGAGACUGCUUCUCCUCCAAGAGGAGCUCAGUGAGCAGCUCGCUCUCAAAGACAGUUUCUUGCAGGAUGUGCAGGAGGAAGAGGAGGAGCCUAGUGGCCGCAGCUCGGGAAUUGCCAGGAUGUUGGAGCUGUCUGGUUUAAGUCAGAUUGAUGCCAGUGAUGGAGAGACGGAGACUGGACAGCUUCGAUCCGCCUUGGAGGACCUGCAAUCCCAGAAUACAAUGCUGCAAGACGAACUGACCUUCCUGGGCAAUGUGAAGACUCAACUGGAGGCGGAGCUUGAGAGGAUGAGGGAGGAGUUUCAGACAGAGAAGGAGGAGCUAGAAUUUAAGAUCGAUGAGUUGCUGAUGACCCGGGAGGGUGCGACCCCUGACCUGAAUAUGACCCCUUACCGAGACCCUCUGAGCCCGGCAACUCCCAAGUGUGACCUUCAGGAGGUUCCAGCCCUCACUCAGCUCCAGCAGAGUGGGCCACAGAGAGAACCAGCGUACAGCCUGCCUGCCAGCUCUGCUAGCCCCUCCAGCCCUUUCCCUGACACAGACCACCAGAGUUUGACCCUGGAAGAACAGCAGAGACUGAUCCUAGAGGUUCAGGAGCUGAGGACCCAGUGUGAGACCUUAGCUAGAAAGAAUACCCAGGCGGUGGGUGAAUGUGAGUCUCUAGCCAAAGAGAGGUGCCAGGCAGUGGAUGAAUGUGAGUACCUAGCCAGAGAGAGGGGGCAGGCGGUGGCUGAGUGCGAACACACCAGAGACAUCCUGAGAGGCCUGGAGACUGAGCUAGGUCAGAGGACUGGGGACUUCGUCAGACAAUAUGAAGCUAUGAAGGAACAGGGGGCGUCAGCGAUCCAGGAGCUACAGGAGAGAGUCAGAGGGCUAACUGAGGACAGAGAGAGUCUGGUAGAGAAGUUGAGAGUGCUGAAUGAAGACAGAGAAUGCCUAUUGGAGGAGGUCCAGGGCCUGGAGAAGAGGCUGGAGAGCUUCUUGGAGCAGACACAGGCAGCCGAGGGGCUGAAGGAGCAGCUGCAGACAUUUCUGGAGGAGAAGACAGAAUUAGCUCUCGAGUUUAAGACCUCUCUGGAGGAGAAGACUGUGUUAGCCUCUGAGCUAAAGGCCUCUCUUGAGGAGAAGACUGUGUUAGCCUCUGAGCUAAAGGCCUCUCUUGAGGAGAAGACUGUGUUAGCCUCUGAGCUAAAGGCCUCUCUUGAGGAGCAGACAGCGUUAACCCUCAAACAAAAGGCUUCAGUGGAGGAUCUGAGCAGGCAGAAUGGGGAGAUCCUCUCUCAGCUACAGAUGAAGGAGAGUGCUGUUCAGGAGUUGGAGGAUUCACUCAAUGUGGUGAGCACAGAGAGGGACCAAACACUGUCAGCACUGCAGGAGAGAGAGAUGGAGGUGGUGAGGCUGAGUGAGGUGGAGGGGAGGCAAGGCCAAAGAGAAAGGGUGGCUGAGCUACAGGCUCGUAUAGAGGAGCUGGAGAAGGAGAGGAGCCUGCUGAAGAGCAGCCUAGGGGAGGUGCAGGGGAGCCCAGGGGAGGAGGUGGAGGAGCUACAGGCUCGCAUAGAGGAGCUGGAGAAGGAGAGGAGCCUGCUGAAGAGCAGCCUAGGGGAGGUGCAGGGGAGCCCAGGGGUGGAGGUGGAGGAGCUACAGGCUCGUAUAGAGGAGCUGGAGAAGGAGAGGAGCCUGCUGAAGAGCAGCCUAGGGGAGGUGCAGGGGAGCCCAGGGGAGGAGGUGGAGGAGCUACAGGCUCGUAUAGAGGAGCUGGAGAAGGAGAGGAGCCUGCUGAAGAGCAGCCUAGGGGAGGUGCAGGGGAGCCCAGGGGAGGAGGUGGAGGAGCUGCAGGUGCUGCAGGCUUGUGUGGAGGAGCUUGAAAAGGAGAGGAACCUCCUGAAGUGUAAUCUGGGGGAGCUGGUGGGAGAUACUGAAGCUCUACAGAGAGACCUGGUAGAGAUGAAACUUGCCAAUGAGAAGAUGAGAACAGAGAAUCAGGAAUUAUUGGCCCAGGUCAGCAACGCUACAGAGACACUGGCAGACAAAGAGAGGGAGCAGAAGGUGGGAGGAGAGACUGAGAGAGCGGAGGAGGAAAAACAAGAGGAGAGGAGAGCGCUACAACAGCAGCUAACAGAAAAGGACAAAGUCAUAUCCCAGCUGAAGAGUGAGAUGGCUGUCCUGCAGUCUAUAGCCUCCACUGUCUCAGAGGAGAAGACAGCCAUAGAGUUCACUGAGAAAAUCGCCCUGCUGGAGAAGGAAAGCAAAGAGAAGGAUAAGAGGAUGAAUAAGAUCAAGGCAGUGGCUGUGAAAGCCAGGAAGGAGCUGGACACCAGCAGGAAAGAGGCUGUGUCUCUGAAGGAGGAAGUGGAGGUGUUGAAGGCUGAGCGAGAGAAAGUGACCAGCUCAAUGAAAGACAUCAUUCAUGGAGCAGAGGGAUACAAGAACUUACAGUUGGACUACGACAGACAGACAGAGCAGCUGGAUAAGGAGAGAGAGAAGGUGGAGGGAGCUGAGAAACAGAUCUCCGAGCUGACCAAACGACUCAACACCGCCGUACAACAGCAUGAGCAGCUGUGGUCGGAGAGAGAGGACUUGAUGACUGGAAUGGAGACGCUGAGGAGCACGGUGAGACAGAUGGAAGGACAGACAGCAGAGCUGCACAGGCAGACAGACACCCUGAACAGAGACCAUCAGGCUGAGAGACUACUGAAGGAACAAAAGACAAAGGAGCUGUCGUCGUUGCAGAAGGAGGUAGAGGAGUUGACCGCUCAGCUCCGCAGACAGAAGCAGCAGUCUCAGCAGACUGCACGGGAGCUGGAGCAGCUACGCAAGGAGGCCCAGCAGAGCUCGUUGUUGGACAUGGAGAUGGCAGACUAUGAACGCCUGGUCAAAGAACUCAACACCAAACUGUCAGAGAAGGACGUGUGUGUGGAGGAGCUGAAAACACAGAUACACACACACACCCAGAAAGAAGACACACUCAACCAGGAGAUUGAGGGUCUGAAGUCCCAGCUGGACCAGGGGGAGGACAAGAGCGCCAAGAUGAAACAGCUGCUGGUGAAAACCAAGAAAGAUCUGGCGGACGCCAAGCGACAGGAAGCCUCUCAGAUGAUGACCCUGGCCUCUCUGAAGGGAGAACUGGAGACCCACCAACAGGAGCUAGAGAACAGUAAGAUCCAGUGCUGUGACCUGUCUGGGGAGCGCCACCGGCUAAAUGAGCAGCUGAGGACUCUGACGGAACAACAGCAGAGAACAAGCAGCACCCUGCAACACCGACUGACCUCACUACAGCAGGAGUUCAACACUGCCCAGGCUGAGCUGUCAUUUGUCACUACUGAGUUUGACAGCUAUAAGGUCAGAGUUCACAAUGUCCUCAAACAGCAGAAGAACAAGAGUUCGGCCCAGAGUGACGGACACGCCACCAAACAGGAGAGAGAGCAGAUGGAGUCCAUGGUGGACCAGUAUAAAGCCAAGCUGCAGGACAGUCAGCAGAGUCUGGCGUUGAGCACUGCAGAGUUCCAACAGCUCCAGAUGGAACACGACACACUGCUGGAACGACACAACAAGAUACUGCAGGAGACCGUCACUAAAGAGGCCGAACUCAGAGAGCGACUCCUGUCUCUCCAGGCAGAGAGUAUGUCGCUGCGGACAGAGCUUGCCCAGACGGUGGGUCAACUUACCUCCCAGGCCGACGCCCAACGCUCAGGGUUCCGGGAGCAGAUCCGCCACCUUCAGGAUGAACACAGAACUACAGUAGAGACCCUGCAGAACCAGAUGACCCGGCUGGAGAACCAACUAUUCACAUUGCAGAGCCAGACCGCUCCAGUCCAGACCAGUCGUAAGCCAGUGGUGGACCGCCGGACUGUGGACCAGGGGGCGAUGGGGGGGAUGGGCCUCAGUGACCUACAGUCCAUGGCUAGAGAGGAGGGGGAGGGCAUGGAGACCACUGAGACAGAGUCCCUGUCCCUCCCACACACACCCCUACCCUCACUGGAGCAUCUACUCACCUCCCCAGACCCCAAACAGGAGCCGUUUGUGUGGCAGGUGGAGCCGACUAAAGAGGAGUUAAGUCAGAAGUUGGCCACAGCUACACGCAGUAUGGAACACAUGAACAUGCUACUGCAUGAGACAGAGGCUACCAACGCUGUUCUGAUGGAACAAGUCAAUCUGUUGAAGUCUGAGGUGCGUCGUCUGGAGCGUAACCAUGAGAGGGAGAAGAGUGUAGCCAACCUGGAGUAUCUGAAGAAUGUCCUCCUGCAGUUCAUCUUCCUGCAGUCAGGCAGCGAGAGACAGGCUCUACUCCCCGUCAUACACACCAUGUUACAACUCAGCCCUGAGGAGAAGAAUAAACUGGCUGCUAUCGCAAUGGGUGAGGAGGAGGUGGGAGGAGCUAAAGGCUCAGGAUGGACCUCCUACCUUCACAGCUGGUCUGGCAUCAGAUGAAGACAUCAACUACUGCCAUCUCACUACCUGCCUUCACUUUCAUCUGAUCAAUAUGUCUGAUCAACUGGAGUUAUUGAAAAGUCUUCAUAUAUUAUUGAUGAUCAUUAAUCUACUUGAAAUGAAGCAAGUGCUGACAGCAGCAAAACAAGCCAGUGCUCUUUUAACUGUUUAGUUACUGGACCGGUGAUGAUUCCUCAAUGCCUCACAUUCAAUACUUUGUUUUUUUUACGACUGAAUUUGUAGCUUCGUAAUAAUCCGCACCAUGCAGCGCCUAAGUUAAAAUGGUUAAUGAAGUGAACUAUGACUGUGAUGACCCAUUUCACUUAAGAUCUAAUGUAGAGGGGUUAAUCGACAAUUAUAACAAUUCACACCUGUUUCGAUGUAUCAAUAUUACAUACCAAAGAAUGCUAUGUUAAUAUGAAGGUACGUAGUCUGUAAUUGGUCAAUGUGUGUGUAUAUAUAGUAAUUAUGUACUUGCUGUGAAAUUACAAUGCAUUUGUAAUGUGGGGCUACUUUUUUUCAAGUUAACCAAACAUGAAGAAGGGGUACUGGAUAUCAAUGACUGGGUCAAAUUGAGGCCUCUGCUCUGUCGUCCUAUGGUUGUGCUUCAUAUCACAUCAUUUACAAACAGCUAUCUGCACUUGAAUUUACACAUUUGGUGGACAAGCACCAACUGUGACAUGUAUAGGAGUCACAUUAGGCUCUCAUUUACUAUGACCAAGGCUGCGCCUGAAAUUGUUCUCUUAUUUCCCAUAUAUCGCACUAUAUUGGGAUAAAGUGCCGGUUCAGAUUUGGCUCGUCUCUUACACAGGGGUAUAUGCUAAUGUCAUUGUUCUGUGUUAUUCCUAAGGCAUAUUAAUGAAUGAGGCCAGAUGGGGAUAAGUAAUACAUGGGAAUAACUGAAUGUACUCGUAAUGAAUAAUUGUGUAUUGAAACUGGGAAAGUAUAUUGUUCGUCUAUAAAAUAUGAAUGAUUACUGAUGUUGAAAACUGGUGAUGGUUUCCAGUCCUCACGGUUGAAGUUGAUAUCCCCUCUGGGUUAAGACAUGAUUUCGAAAAGGACAAAUAAGUCAAAGUUAAGCAUAUGUUUUAGGUCAACCAUUUUAUAUAAAAAGGAGACCUGCAAUCAGUAGCAAAACCACCAUUGUUUUUCCUAAGAGAUUAUUUAACUGUGAAUAAAGAUGACAAUUAAUAUAUAUGCUUUUUUUUAAUACAAUUUUUUUCCUUUCUUGGCCUGCCGCUACUCUUGUUCAUCUAAAAAUGUAAUGUCUCAUCUCAACUAUUUAAGUCACCCCAAUUAAAUGAUUUUGAG